AUGAUGAAUUUCUGUUUGUUUAAUUUUUUUAAUGAUGUCAAGCGCCAUCCGUUGCUCAGCUCGGCCCGUAGUGACUGUGGCGUUGCGGUCGUGUGCGUUCGUGGAAAGUUUGAGAUUUGCUGCUCCAACGAUUUUGUGGUCGGGGUGACGACUGUCAUCGGUUCACCGUCGGCCACGCGAACGAUCGGUUCAUUGAACCUCGGGUCGUCGUCGUCGUCGCGCGUUACGAUCCCCCGAGUCAACUCGCUUUCCGCAGCUGCUCGUGCCAGUCUCGCCUCUCCUUUAUUCUCUUCCUGCUCCGCCUCGCAUGUCGUUCGCUACGGGUUUCUUAUAUUCGGCGUUACCCGUCGCUAUUGGCGCGUCGGUCGCCAAGCAGAACAACUUCACAGCACACAGCGACUAACACUAGACGACAUGACGGUCUCCUUCCGUCAUUGCCUGGGCAGCUUUAUUCUCUGGUGCCACUUCAGUUUCUUGCCUUUCCAGAGCGAAACCAAAAAGGAUGUAAUUUUCCGUUCGAGAUUCUAUCAUCACUUCUUACCAAUAUCUCUCCCUAUCAGCUCCCGUUGGAUCAGUUUUCUCUUCCUCUCUCUAUCUUCAAACCUACACAUUUUUUUCUGCAGAUACAGUCGUUAUCUCUUUCUAUCACGGUCGUCACGAACCACCGAAUUUUACUUACAGUUUUAA